AUGAAAGAUUUAAUUACUAUUGGAUCGCAUGCCCAACUUCAACAGGAAACUCGCGAAUUCAAAUGGAAUGAAAGUUUUGUUGAUCAUAUUUCUUUAAAGAACAGCCUAUCGAACUGUUUAUCUAAAAGUGCGCAUGAGAAUUAUCACGGUCUUUCAUUUGAUGGUGGAGGAAUGCGGGGAUUGGUUUUCCUCCAAAUUCUUCGCGAACUUAAAUAG